CCCCAAGGGUUUUCAGUCUCACGUGCUUAUUACAUAGCAGACGUAACAGUUGGAUGCCAAGCGCCCCGAAUCCAAACAAAACAGUAAAAGCAGCUCGUGAGCUCUGCUGUGUUUAGCCCAGUCCCAGGCAGAGUCAGGUGCAAGAGAUUCGUCCCCGGCUUCGUUUUCGCUUUCCACCAUUGACGCUUCUGUCUACCCGUUCUGAUUUGGAGUCACGUCGAUAAUGGAGCUGAACGUGUGGGAAGGUGAAUACAAGGCAGUGCCUACCAAUCAACUGCUAGAGACAACCAAAAAUGGCGGAGAUGAGGUGCUCAACCUCUCGUCUUCAGGUGCAACACAACCGGUGACCUAUUCAUGGGAGAAUUUGACGGUUUUUUACGAGACUACUCCGGGAAAUUGCUUUACUCGACUAUGCAAAAAAUCUCCACCAAUCCAAAAGAAGAUCUUGGACAAUGUAACGGGAAUUGUCCGUCCUGGCGAGUUUUUGGCCAUCAUGGGAGCAAGCGGAGCUGGAAAAACGACUCUUCUCAAUUGUUUGACUUUUAGGAACUCUGGCCAACUCAAAAUAUCGGGGGAGAGGUACUUAAAUGGUGCUAAAGUCAACACGGAUACGCUAGCGCGUAUUUCCGGAUACGUCCAGCAAGACGAUCUGUUCAUUUCGACCCUCACCGUCCAUGAACAUCUUCGAUUUCAGGCACUGCUCCGGAUGGACACACAUCUGACGUACGAAGAGCGGAUGACUAGAGUGGAUGACGUAUUAAAUGAAUUGGGAUUAACCAAAUGCUCUGGUUCGAUGAUCGGCCAUCCGGAAAGAGGAAUCAAAGGCAUUUCUGGGGGCGAACGAAAACGACUAGCAUUCGCCUCAGAGGUCUUGACAAAUCCUUCACUGAUGUUUUGUGACGAACCAACAUCAGGUCUAGAUUCUUACAUGGCACAAAACAUUGUCCAGGUGUUGAAAAACAUCGCAUCGACGGGCAAGACAGUUGUCUGCACGAUUCAUCAACCAUCAUCUGAGGUCUUUGCUCUUUUCGAUCGAAUCCUUUUAAUGGCCGAAGGUAGGACUGCCUUUCUCGGUCCAGUCAGUGACGCCCUUUCCUUUUUCUCUGCCCAAGGAAUGCCCUGCCCACCCAAUUACAAUCCAGCUGAUUAUUACAUCCAUACGCUGGCUUCCAUCCCCGGCCACGAAGCGGAAUCCAAGAAGAAAAUAAAAGAGUUUUGCGAUGCUUACGAUUUAUCUGAUGCGGGAAAAUCGGUUCGGGAAAUGGUCAUAGCGAAUCGAUCAGUCAAAUCAUCAAGAUCACAAGAAUUAGAUGUGGAGCCAGUUAAAAUUCAACGUUCGCCUUACAAAGCUUCGUGGUUCGCGCAAUUGAGAGCUGUCAUGUGGAGAUCUUUUCUAUCUGUCAGAAGGGAGCCGGCAGUUUUGAAAGUCAAGGCAUUCCAAACGAUCUUUAUUGCCAGCUUGAUUGCGCUCAUUUUUCAAGGGCAAACGUACGAAUUCCAGAAUGUCCGCAAUUUUCAAGGAGCUCUGUUUGUAUUCCUCACCAACAUGACAUUUCAGAGUGUCUUUGGAGUCAUCAACGAUAUUACGUUGGAACUGCCCGUUUUCUUACGAGAACAUUUCAAUGGAAUGUACCGAACGGAUAUUUACUUUCUGUGCAAGACGACGGCCGAUCUUCCCGUUUAUAUUAUUUUCCCUUUCAUUUUCGUUGCCAUCCCUUAUUACGUGAUUGGAUUAAAUCCCGAUGUCGGAAGAUUUUUUAUCGCUUGCGGUAUAGUCAUUCUCUUGGCCAACGUGGCUACAUCCUUCGGUUACGUGAUCUCUUGCAUGACUAGCUCGACACGAGUUGCUCUGGCCGUUGGUCCGCCCUUCAUCAUCCCCCUGUUGUUGUUCGGUGGUUUCUUUCUGCGCAACGGUUCUGUGCCCGUCUAUUUCGAUUGGCUUCGCUACGUCUCGUGGUUCAUGUACGCCAAUGAAGCUCUCUCAAUUAAUCAAUGGAAUGGCAUUAGUUUCAACGAUACAAUGUCUCCUUGUCCCCAACACAUUUGCACGGAAGAUUACAUUUUGAAACAAUUUGACUUCAACCAGGACAAUUUUUACCGCAACAUUGGCUGUCUUUUCGCUCUCUUCGUUGGAUUCAGAAUUAUUGCCUUUUUAGUAUUAUUGAAGAAAACCUAUCGUAAAAACUAAAUGCCAUCCAUAGGAAAA